AUGGAUAUAAAAAAAAAAAAAUGCAAAACGUAUUAUUUUAUAACUACACUGAUAUUGUUUAUAUGCAUAUCAGUAGUUUUAUCAAGGGGUGAAGUAAUAAACAAACAUGUUAAAAAAAAGGAAGGGAAUUAUAAAAAUUAUGAGGACCUCGACAAGGACAUAAAUAAAAAAAAUUAUUAUUAUAACAAACAUAAAAAUAAGAGGCUCCUAAGUGAUAAUAAUAAUAAUAUAAGUGAUAAUAAUAAUAAUAAUAUAAGUGAUGGUAAUAAUAAUAUAAGUGAUGGCAAUAAUAAUAUAAGUGAUGGCAAUAAUAACAUAAAUCAUAGUAAUAAUCAUAUAAGUGAUAAUAAUUAUUUAUUUUAUGAUAAAGGGGACCAUAAACAGGAGGAUAAUCAUAAGAAUGAGAGAGAAGAAAAUAAAAAUUAUACAUAUGAUGAUAAAACAAAAUUUACAGAAUUUAAUAAACACAUAAAUGAAGAAUUAUUCAGUGUUCAUUUUCCAUUUAAUUAUGAAAAGGAAACAUUAUCACACCAUCAAAAUGUUAAUAAUUAUUCUACAGGGGAGGAGAAUAAUGACCUGAACAAUUCAGAAAAUAUAAUUAAUGAAGAAAUGAAAAAAAAAUUAUCAGAAAAUGUUCUGGAAGGAGAAAUAAAAAAACAAGAAAAUAGUAACAACAACAACAAUAAUAAUAAUAAUAAUAAUAAUAAUAAUAAUAAUAAUGACAAUAAUAAUAAUAAUAAUAAUGACAAUAAUAAUAAUGAUGUAGGAACGGAUGAAGAAAAAAAAAUAUAUAAAUAUUUUAAUAAAAAAACAAAAGAUAAUUUUGAUGGACUUAUAUUAAAUUUAUAUUUUACUCAGCAUAAUAAUUUAUAUACCAAAGUAAAAGUAGGUGACCAACUUUUAAAGUUAUCUUUAAAUAGUAGAUUAGAAGGAGUUUAUGUCUUUAUGAAAAAUACUCCUGCAUGCUAUUUAGAAGACGAUGAAAUGAGAAUAUGUUAUGAUCCUCUUUUAUCAAAAAAUUCUACAUGGUGUAAUAAUGAUUUAAUAUGUCUACCUGCCAUACUAACUAAACCAUAUGAAUGUUAUGCUGAUAAUACAUUGAAUUUAGAAAACAAGGUUCAAUAUCCUAAUGUUUAUUAUGAUUCUUUAAAGUAUAACGAGACUCAUAUUGAAGGAUCAGAUGAUAUUGAGCUAGUAGACCUAGUGGGUAUGCAAACAAAAUAUAUUAGAAAUAAAAAGAAAAAAAUCGAUCUUAAUAAAAUCAACAGUAAUAAUAAAAUCAACAGUAAUAAUAAUAAUAAUAAUAAUAAUAAUAAUAAAAAUAAUAAAAAUAAUAAAGGUAGUAUUUCUAAAAACGUGGAUACUAAUUUAGAAAGUAAAAAUAUUUUUAAAACAGAUAAUAUUAUAAUCAAACCAACUCUUACAUUAUCAAAAAGUUCAAAUUUUCUAUUCCAAGGUGCGGAUAUAAAACUUGUAGUAGAUAUGACAUUUUAUAAUGACUGGAAUUUAUUUAAAGAUACAGAUGGUAUGCUUGGUUUGGCUGGAAAAGAAUUAGGUUGUAGAAAUAUAAGUCCAUGGAAUAAUAUUAUAGAAAACAACAAUUCUAUAUUUGCUUUAGAUAUUAAUUUAUCAAGUGAUGUUAUAAAAGGGUACGUGCCUCCUGUAAAUAGUGUGGGUACCUUAUAUUAUGAAUAUGUUAAAAAAAAAAAUCUAAGCCAUAUAAAAGAUGGUGACAUAAAAAUUAGUAAUAUAAAAGAUAGUGAUGAAAAUAAUAAUAUGAUAGAUAACAAAAAGGUUGAUAUGAAUAUUCAAAAUAAAAACGAAUUUGAAACAUCCAGUUCAGUUAUACAUAUAGGUAAUUAUAGUAAAGAAUAUGGAAACAUUAUAUGGUCAGAACCUAGAGAAAGAGGAGGUAUAUUUUCUGACUCAUUCAUGCAAUUUACAAUAUAUAACUUAGAAGUAUGUAAUAAAAAUAUAUUUGGUAAAUAUAGUAGUAAUUGGCAAGCUAUAAUUGAUUUGAGCAGUCAAUGUUUAGUACUUCCAAAAAUGUUUUGGCUAAGUCUUAUGGAAUAUCUUCCCGUAAAUAAGAAUGACGAUAGAUGCAUAAGAAAAAAUACAAACAACAACAACAAUAAUAAUAAUAAUAGUAAUAAUAAUAAUAAUAGUGAUAAUAUAGAUUAUGAAGAAUAUAACUUACCCAGAAUGUGUUCAGUUGAUGAUGCCAAUAGACCCUUACCAACAUUAAAAUUUUUCCUCUCAGACAAUGAUAUAGUUAGUGCUAAUAAUAUAUAUAGUUCUAAUACAUCACAAAAUAAAGCAAAAGAAAGAAAUCAAGAUGAGAAACAAGCUGUUUAUAUUCCACUAGAUAAUUUAAUUAUUAACGAUAAGAAAAAUAAUCAAAAUUAUCUAUGUGUAAUACCUGAUAUACAUGAUGGAAGAUCAGCUGAAAAUAGUGGUAGGACAACAAAACCAUUAAUUAAAUUUGGUUCUUUUGUUUUAAAUAAUCUUUAUGUAGUUGUUGAUCAAGAAAAUUAUAAAGUAGGCUUUGCAAAUAAAAAAAGCUUUCAUACAUCAAACGAAAAAUGCACACAAAGAGCUCAAUGUAUAGGUGAUCAGAUUUAUGAACCCGCUCUUAAUAUCUGUGUAGAUCCUGACUGUUCCAUAUGGUAUUUCUAUACAUUGAAUGAUCAAACCAAAAAAUGCGAAUCCUUAUCAUCAAGAUUUUAUGUAUUUAUAAUCAUUAUUUUGACAUUAUUAAUAUUAGACAUACAAUCGUAUUACUUUUAUAGAAAAUCAGUGCAUGUCGCAAAAAAAUCUUCUCGAUAG